CGCAAAGCACUGAAGUUGAAUUUUGCAAAUCCACCUUUCAAAUCUACAGCAAGGUUUACUCUGAAUCCCAAUCCUACCGGAGUUCAAAACCCACACAUAGAGAGACUGAGAACACACAGCAUCGAAUCGUCGGGAAAACUGAAGAUCUCCCCUGAACAACACUGGGAUUUCACUGCAGAGGACUUGAAGGACCUGGGAGAAAUCGGGCGAGGAGCAUAUGGCUCUGUCAACAAAAUGGUCCACAAACCGAGUGGACAGAUAAUGGCAGUGAAAAGAAUUCGGUCAACAGUGGAUGAAAAAGAACAAAAACAACUUCUUAUGGAUUUGGAUGUAGUAAUGCGGAGUAGUGAUUGCCCAUACAUUGUUCAGUUUUAUGGUGCACUCUUCAGAGAGGGUGACUGUUGGAUCUGUAUGGAACUCAUGUCUACCUCGUUUGAUAAGUUUUACAAAUAUGUAUAUAGUGUAUUAGAUGAUGUUAUUCCAGAAGAAAUUUUAGGCAAAAUCACUUUAGCAACUGUGAAAGCACUAAACCACUUAAAAGAAAACUUGAAAAUCAUUCACAGAGAUAUCAAACCUUCCAAUAUCCUUCUGGACAGAAGUGGAAAUAUUAAACUCUGUGACUUUGGCAUCAGUGGACAGCUCGUGGAUUCCAUUGCCAAGACAAGAGAUGCUGGGUGUAGGCCGUACAUGGCACCGGAGAGAAUAGACCCGAGUGCGUCACGACAAGGCUAUGAUGUCCGCUCUGAUGUCUGGAGUUUGGGGAUCACACUGUACGAGUUGGCCACAGGCCGGUUUCCUUAUCCAAAGUGGAAUAGUGUAUUUGAUCAACUAACACAAGUCGUGAAAGGAGAUCCUCCACAACUGAGUAAUUCAGAGGAAAGGGAGUUCUCUCCAAGUUUCAUCAACUUUGUCAACUUGUGCCUUACAAAGGACGAAUCCAAAAGGCCAAAGUAUAAAGAACUUCUGAAACAUCCCUUUAUUUUAAUGUAUGAAGAACGUACCGUAGAGGUUGCAAGCUAUGUUUGUAAAAUCCUGGAUCAAAUGCCAACUACUCCCAGCUCCCCCAUGUAUGUCGAUUGAUGCCGCUGCUACGUCAGACUCUAGAAAAAAGGGCUGAGAGGAAGCAAGACGUAAAGAAUUUUCACCCGUAUCACAGUGUUUUUAUUGCUCGCCAGACACCAUGUGCAAUAAGAUUGGUGUUUGUUUCCAUCAUGUCUGUACUCCCGUCACCUAGAACGUGCAUCCCCGAAACACCCGCUGAUCUCAGUGUUAGUGCUGGUCAGAGACCUCAUCCUGCUCUUUCCUGUGGACACACUCAUGAAGCAUGGAAGUCAGUACGAUCAAUUUGUUGACUGUGAUUAGGUCACAUCUUAAAUUCAUUUCUAGACUCAAAACCUGGAGACACAGCUACUGGAGUGGUAUUUUGUCAGACUUCCAAAUCCUGGGAGAACGCAGUGAUGGGCGUGCUGUGUCUGAACGUAGACUCGGGCGUGGGGAGAAGAGCUUGCACGGCCAGCGAGACACAUUGCCUUCUGGGGCUGAGACAGGAGGAUUUCCGUUCUUCACCAAGUGCAAUAGAUUUACUGAUCUGACGUUCUGUUGCUUUAUCGUCACAGUCGAUGUUCGGGGAUCGACUUGCUCAGCCAAUUCCUGUUUGAAAUAUCAUUUUAAAUUAGAAUGAAUUUAUCUUUACCAAAAACCAUGUUGUGUUCAAAGAGGCGAACAUUAAAAUAUCAAGACAGGACAGAAUGUGUUCUUUUCUCCUUGGCCAGUCCUUCUGCUCUUCAUUGGGAGACUUAGGAGUCUGCCACUUGUCAAAGAAGGUGCUGAUCCUAAGAGUUGUCACUCAGCAUUGGUGUGCUGCCAGUGUGAGGCUCCACCUGCCACAAACCAUCGGGACUGACAGAAGAAAAAGUACAGAGGGCAACGUUUACAGAUGUUUUUAAUUCUAGUAUCUUAUCUGAACAACUUGUAGCAGCUUCACAUUUCCCCUUUGUCCCGAGCCCGAUACUUUAGCCAUCAAAACUCACUACCAGGGAGAAGUAGCGAGGAGCAAUGUGCCUUGAUUGAUUAGAUAACAAUUACUCGUAGGCAGCAAAAGACCAAAUCUCAGCUGUUUGCCAUCACUGGUCCAGGUCUUUGGUUUCUGAAUUUCUUUCCCUGCCUGUGUAGUCUAUUGCCACUGUGUGACCUCUGCUUUAAUCCAAUAUUUCGCCUUUUUACCCCCAUAUCAAAAACCUUUAUAAUUACCAGGGAUGUUCCUCCCCAAGGAUUUCUAGCCCUAAACCUCUCACAUGCCCGUGUUUAAAGGCUGAGAGACACGGGGCUCAGUCGUGUGGUAGGUGAUGAGAAAGCAUCUUUCUAGAAACACAUGACCCAAUGUGGACCUGAAGUGACAGUCAGAUAUGCUCAGCACCUGCAAGAAUCUCUAGAAGGUCACCGUCGUUUCUUGGAAUUGGAAUUCUACAAAAAUCCCCAAACAGCCCCAGAGUAGUGAUGAGGCCGUUGAAGUCUGCUGCCCUUCGCUUGCUUCCUCACUCACCCAUAGCCAGGUUCUCCUGGGCUUGCUCUGCUCCCUGGCGCGGGCACUGGGCGCUACGCAGCACUGUGAGUGGCUCAGGCGCACUGGAAUAGAAAACAGCCGUGGUCGGCGACGGGUGAUGCCGUCACUGAGCCACACGGGGCAGGUAUUGCUGUGUCUCCUCCCAGAGUGACAGUCAUACACACUAAACAAUAAAGGGAGAAUGGUGCUGUUUUAAAGUCACAUCCCUGUAAAUUUCAGAAUUCAAAAAUGAUUUAUUGCUUUGGUCCACUUGCCUAAUUUUCCUGUUUUCUCCCCAUGGCAUCCUAAACCUUAGACUCACAGUGUUCUGCAAGGAAGCAUCGUUGUGUGGCUUCCUUUACCCACACCAAGCCAUCCUCACGUCUCCCAGGGACCGAGGAGUUUGUUCCCUGCUGUCGAUCUCCCGUCUGGCUCAGCGUGGGUCACUUUGCAUUGUACACAUGGAGAUCAAAGCAGUUCUGACUGUCCAGGAGCUGAUCUGACGUGCUGUUGUGUGGAUGACCACAUAAAAGGCAAUUUUAGUGUAUUAAUCAUAGAUUAUUAUAAACUAUAAACUUAAGGGCAAGGAGUUUAUUACAAUGUAUCUUUAUUAAAACAAAAGGGUGUAUAGUGUUCACAGACUGUGAAAAUAGUGUAAGAACUGUACAUUGUGAGCUCUGGUUAUUUUUCUCUUGUACCAUAGAAAAAUGUAUAAAAAUUAUCGAAAAGCUAAUGUGCAGGGAUAUUGCCUUAUUUGUCUGUAAAAAUGGAGCUCAGUAACAUAACUGCUUCUUGGAGCUUUGGAAUAUUUUAUCCUGUAUUCUUGUUUGAAUUCCUCCUCUAUUUAAGAUAUAUACAUGGAAUCGAAGUGUUUAUGUAAUAGUUCUAUCCUUUUGCCUGCAGGUCAGUUGUAAUAAAUCUAGGAUGUGAUGAUGACUUUGUAAUUUGAUUUUCUGAAGUCAGACCCUGAGAGGGAAAAUUGAGUAAAUUCCAUUAAAUUAUCGUGUGUUUCACACUGAGGAA